AUGGAUUUGGACAUGGGUGAUCAAGAACCUUUUGCUCGUGAGGUGAAAUAUGUAGGUGGGGUUGCUUAUCAAUCUGACAGCAGUAUUGUAAAUGCUGUAAACAUUGAUUCUUUUGAACCAAAAUAUGCUGAUAGGGUAUGCCUAAGCACUGUUUUUGAGGAAGAAGAAAUGGAAGAAGAGGAAGGACUUAAGGAAAAUGUGGAAGCUGAAGAAGUGGAGAAAGAAGUUAUAGAGGAAAAGAGAGUGUGCAUGGUUGAUGGGUCUAGCCUCCAGAAUACUGAAGUGUAUGUGAAAUGGGAGGCUUCAAAAGAGAAUCCAGGGAAGUUCAUUACAACACUUAAGGUUGUAAAAGAUGCAAGCCUUGAUGACCUGCGAAAGUUGAUUGCAAUUUAUCUUGGUGCAGACAAUCAAGCAUUCACUUUUCUCAUGCUUGGGGACCCCAGUGGAGCUUCAGUACCAAAGGAGAAGGAAGAAACAAUUCAGGCCACUAAGCUUCCCCUAUAUGCAACAAUAAAUCAAAUGGCUACCUUGCUAGCUUGA